CUUUCAUGACCUUUACCAGGAGGCAGAGCUCGGAGUCCCUAUUUUCUCGUGCUGCUGUGGCCCGGACAUGGCGACUCCCGGCCCUGUGAUUCCGGAGGUUCCCUUUGAACCAUCGAAGCCUCCAGUCAUUGAGGGGCUUAGCCCCACUGUUUACAGGAAUCCAGAGAGUUUCAAGGAAAAGUUCCUUCGCAAGACCCGCGAGAACCCGGUGGUACCCAUAGGUUGCCUGGCCACGGUGGCCGCCCUCACCUACGGCCUCUACUCCUUCUACCGGGGCGACAGCCAGCGCUCUCAGCUCAUGAUGCGCACCCGGAUCGCCGCCCAGGGUUUCACGGUCACAGCCCUCUUGCUGGGUCUAGCUGUAACCGCUAUGAAGUCUCGACCCUGAGCCCAAGGUCUGGCCUUGAAAGCUCCACAGAAAUGAUUCCAAAACCCAGGAGCAACCACUGGCCCUACCAUGGGUCUUACUCCCUCCUCUCCUUUGAGAGGCCCAUGUGUCGUUGGGGGAGGAAGUGACCCUUUGUGUAACCGUAACUGAAAGUUUUUUCAAAAAUCCUAGAUUCUGUUGUUUGAAUGUUACAUACUUCUAUUUGUGCCACAUCUCCCCUCCACUCCCCUGCUUAAUAAACUCUAAAAAUCCACUUGUA